UGCAUUUAUUUAUUUGUGCUUUUAAUGUUUAUUGAAGGACAGCUAUAUGUGUAAAAAUAAUGACACUGCCAACAAGGUAAACCAGGGUAAGACAGCAUAAUUUUCAACGUACAAGAAAAAUGCCAGUUGUUUUUUUUUUAAUUUUAUGGACAUUAUCAUGUAUUUACAUGUAAGACAUGCAUUUCUGUUUGUCUUUAUUCUUCUGACUAAUGUGAAGUAGAAAAAGAAACUAAUCAAAAUGUAACACCUUUGGAUACUUUUUUAAUUUAAAUUAAUGAUUGGUUAUUUUGAUUUUUCAAAUUUUAACUUUGCUGGUUGCAUUUUUAGUUUAAAAAAUGUUUUUGCUACAAACAUUUAAAUAUAUGAGACAAGAACCCAUUUUCAAGCAUUAACUUUUAGAAUAAGUUUGCAAGAAUACCUGGACUAAAAUCUGGAUGCUAACAUUUACAAAUGGGUAUGACAUGUACGCAGAUGAGAAACUCAGGGCUUUUACUGAUGGAUUAUAAAUAAAACUACUUUAAUUACCCAUUAAUCAUCAAUAAUGCCUAGAAUUACUGCUAUGCUGCAUUUUAUAAAUGAAAAAGUGCUUAAAGUUUGGCUGGCAAUAGACAGAAGUUUCUUACAUUAAAAGCAUGAAAACAUAUGUGCUGUUCAGGGUUUGUUCUCUGAAGAUUAAAAAAUCUGAGGGAAAAUCAAUCAAGAGCUGCAGCCAAGACAAUAAAUGGGACAUCCACUGUGUAGGUGUAAGAGGAUCAGAUGAUUUCCCACAGAAAGAAAGCUAAAAUCUCAUUAGUUUGUAGGACAUCAAACACAAAUGUACUGGGUCAGUCAACUCACUGUCACAUUCUAACCUGAACUCCUCUAGAGCGCAGGAAUAACAACUGGGAAAUCAUGUACUGUUUGGUUUCUGUGCCGCUGAAGUAGCAUUUUGUGUGUAAUACACUGAAAGGUUUGGAUUGGUAGCUCUUCAGAGACGGCUGCUGUUUGUUUAGUGGACAUUUAGGUGCUCUUGUUUUGUUUUUUGCUCUGCUUUGAGGCCAUUUUCAGUCAGGGGAGGGCGCGUCAUAAGAAAAAUGCACAUCUCAUUGGGGUUACAUGAUGGAGGUGCCAUGAGGGAAAACAAAGUGAUGAUCUGUUGUUUAAACUCUGCAGUGUGAUGGGGUUGGGCCUCCGCUAUAAAUGUCAAAACACCAGAGCGUCCUUCCCACAUUACGAGCCCCAGUGAGGCUGUUCGGCUUCUUUCAUCCGACAGUAAAGAUAAGGUCGUCGACUGAUCUCCUGGAACGAUGGAUGCAGAGGAGUUGAUUGAAUCCAUCAUCAGAGCACUCAUGUUUAUAGCAGGGAUCCUGGGAAACAACUGGCUGGCUAUCUGCUCCCUGCCCAAGCUGAAAUCUGGCAUCCGCACCAACGAGGUCCUUUUCAUCAACCUGGCUCUCUCCAACCUCAUCACCAACUUCCUGGUGGACCUGCCCGACACCAUCGCAGACUUCAACGGAAGCUGGUUCCUGGGGGAAACCUUCUGCGGCGUGUUUCGCUUUUGCGCCGACCUCUCGGAAACCAGCAGCAUCUUCACGACCUUCUUCAUCAGCGCCUUCUGGCACCAGAAGCUGGUCGGCUCCUUGAAACGUGGAGGAGCUCCGGUGCAGCUGGACAACCUCUGUCUGGUGAUGUGUCUCCUGGCCGGGAGCUGGACGGUGGCCGUGGUCUUCAGCAUCCCUCACUUCUUCUUCGUCUCGGUGGAAGGGGGGAACGGGAGCGAAGAGGACUGUUUAGACGUCUUCCCCAGCGCUCUUGCCCGGCAAACAUACGAGGCCAUUUAUUUAACCGUUGCUAAUGCUUUCCCUCUUGCUGGGAUUGUAUUUGCGAGCGUCCAGAUCGUCAUUACUUUGUACCAAAACCAGCGGCGUAUACGGGGGCAUAAUUCUGAUGCAGCCAAAGAGGUGGUUGAAGAGGACAAGAGUCUUGAAAACAGAGAUGAUGAGAGAUCCCUCAGUACCGUUUCUGGUAAAGAGCUCAAUUGUUCACGUCCAGACGGAGGGCCAUCAGAUCAGAGUGCCCACAUCGCUCCCUUCAACAGGGAAACAGAGAGCAGAGCUGGAGCCAAACCAAAUGUUUCGAGGCCCAACCAGAUGCCAUCAAAGCCCAGUUCCAACACAAGCACUCAGGUGAGGGCAGCCAAGAGUGUGGUAGCUGUAGCCAGCGUGGUUCUGGUCUGCUGGCUGACUCAUCUGCUUCUGCGCAUCACCAACAACAUCCACACUUCAUCAAUAGUAGUGGAGGUGGCCAGCUACAUCGCAGCCUCCUACACUUGCAUCAUCCCUUACAUAUUCCUGCACGGAGUGAAAAAACUUUCUUGCAAGUGCAAAAGAUAGAAAUGUGGACAUCACAUCCAGGUCUUUCUCUUGGACUUCUGGUUAUGUAAAGUGAAGACAGCUUGUCCCCGAUGCUAAAAUGUGUAGCUGUCCACUCAGAAAUGCUUCUCCAGAGUCGUCUCUUUUAUCCAGCUGUCAAACACAUUCUGCCAAACAGCCAAGUGUUGCUACUGCACCAUUAAAAACUGCAUCUGAAAUUGUCAGAAAAGUCCUUUCAUUCAUUUGCUGAUAUGUGUUUCUGAAAGCAGAAUAUGUGACGUUACAAUGACCUUUCUUGCAUAACAUUAAAAAGCUGUCAAAAGACGCAG